AUGGCUGUGACAAAGCGCCUCAAUGUUUUGAACAAGGAAUUUGGAGAGCCUUUCGGAAGCCACCAAGGAGCUACUUUAGAGGAGGAGAGCACUGAGGCUAGAUCUGACUGCAUCACAUCUCGAGAAGCAGAAGAGGUUGGUGUAAAACUUCACGAUCUUCCAUCUUUUGUCGGGAGGAUUGCGAAUCCCGUUUUCGAUUAUUAA